UGCUGCAGGCACUUGAAAUGAGUACCACACGUAACUUCCAUUAAAGUAGUUGCUGUCUACGCGACGUGCGUGUCGUUUACAGUCGUUUCUGGUGAACUUUCAGUCACCACAUUCACUUGCGCUUCUUUCCAAACUCGUAUCCAAGAAUAAUUUGCAUCGAAUACACCAGCCAGCAUGGAUUGCCAUAGGAACGGUGUUGGAGAUGUGAAGAAAUCGGUGGAACUCACUAUCAAUGGAUCGCCCUAUACUGUCACGGAAAGUAUACCUCCUGGAACAUCCCUCAACGUCUACAUUCGAAAUUAUGCGAAACUUUCGGGGACGAAAUUUAUGUGCAACGAGGGUGGUUGCGGAGCAUGUAUCGUGUCGGUGACUGUCAAGGGAGAGACUAUGUCUGUGAAUUCUUGCCUAGUGCCAGUUAUAAUCUGUGAUGGCUGGUGCAUUAAAACCAUCGAGGGAUUAGGUAAUAAAAAAGAUGGCUACCAUGUGUUGCAAGCAUCACUGGCGAACAAGAAUGGUUCGCAGUGCGGUUAUUGUUCCCCUGGUAUGAUAAUGAACAUGUACAGCCUUUUGCAGGGCAAACAGCUUACCAUGAAGGAGAUAGAAAAUUCUUUCGGUAGUAAUAUUUGCCGUUGUACAGGAUAUAGACCAAUUUUAGACACCUUUAAGGGCUUUGCUGUCGACGCUGACAAAAAACUCGCCAAAGAUAUUCAUGACAUCGAAGAACUGUACAAGAUCAAAAAAUGCAAAAAGACUGGGAAACCCUGUACUAACAAUUGUACCGCGGUCGUUCAAAACAGCGAGAGCAAGAUCGACAUGAAGUUAGACGGUGCAGAGUUUCACAAAGUAUUGUCAGUGAGCGAUCUGAUGGAACUCUUUGAGAAAAAACCAAAUGCAAGUUACAUUUUAAACGGCGGCAACACUGCUAACGGUGUUUACCGAAUACAACAGCCCGAUAUGUACAUAGCCAUUAAUGAUAUCUCUGAUUUACGCCGCAUAAACAAAAGUGACGAUUCCUUGACUAUUGGCGGAAAUGUUAGCCUUACAGUGGCAAUAGAGACCUUCAAAAAACAUUCCAAGGAUCCAAAUUUCGAAUAUUUGCUACAGUUGGCCAACCACAUUGAUCUAAUCGCUUCCGUGCCCGUGAGAAAUAUUGGAACCGUAGCUGGAAACUUGAUGAUAAAGCACCAGCAUCAGGAUUUUCCCUCGGAUCUUUUUCUGAUACUUGAAACUUCGGGCGCACAACUGCACAUAGUGGACGCGAAUGGCAAGAGCAUUAUGAAUUUAAUAGAGUUUCUGAAUUUCGAUAUGAACCACAAAAUUAUAUACAGUAUUGUGCUACCAUCACGUAGCAGCGAAUACGUCUACAGAUCUUAUAAGAUAAUGCCACGGGCUCAAAAUGCUCAUGCGCACGUUAACGCUGGAUUUCUAUUUAAAUUGGACGGAGCUGGUAAGGUCUUAACGAAACCAAACAUCAUAAUAGGUGGAAUAAACACGGACUUUUUGCACGCAUCUAAUACCGAAGCCUUCCUGGUUGACAAAAAUAUUUUGAACAAGGACGUGGUCAAACAAGCCAUACAGACAUUGGACAGCGAAUUACACCCUAAUUACGUGUUGCCCGAUUAUUCUCCAGAGUUCAGGAAGACCCUUGCCGAAGGACUUUUCUUCAAGUUUGUUCUGAGUAUCAAACCGGAAAACGUGGAUCCCAAAGCACGCAGUGGCGGGACCAUUUUGCAAAGGGAAUUAUCAUCUGGAAAACAUGACUACGACACAGACAAGAAUCUAUGGCCAAUGAACCAACCUCUGCCAAAAAUGGAGUCUGUGUACCAAACAUCAGGAGAAGCGCAAUACACGAACGACGUCCCUCCCAUGCCAAACGAAGUUUCCUGCGCGUUUGUUCUUACUACGGUGGCCAGCGGACAUGUGGAAAACAUCGACCCAUCCGAAGCAUUGAAAAUGAAAGGAGUAGUGGCGUUCUUAUCUGCCAAAGAUGUCCCUGGGAAGAAUUUGUUUAUCAGCGGGGCCACUCAGGAAACAAUGUUACCCAAUGACGAAGUGUUGUUUGUGGAUAAGAAAAUCGAAUAUGCCGGACAGCCUGUUGGAAUGAUCGUGGCUACGUCACAUACCAUUGCAAUGAAUGCAGCAGGGAAGGUGCAAGUCUCUUACGUGGACGUUGCAACGGAUAAACCGGUGCUGUCGAUAGAGGAUGCCAUCGCCUCGAACGAAGAAACUAGAUUUCUCCCAAUGUCUAACAUUGUCGCCCCGACCAAAGGAACCGACACGAAACAUGUGGUAAAAGGCGUUUUCCGAUGUGGCAGUCAAUAUCAUUUCACCAUGGAGACCCAAUCGUGCGUUUGCGUCCCAGUUGAAGACGGUAUGGACGUCUAUUCGUCGACACAGUCGAUGGACCUUACUCAAGUAUCAAUAGCUGAAUGUCUCAGUAUAAAGAAUAACAGCAUAAAUAUCCAGGUGAGGCGGCUGGGUGGCGGUUAUGGCUCAAAGAUAUCGCGUGCCACGCAGGUGGCUUGUGCAUGUGCGCUGGCUUGCUUCAAAUUAAAUCGUCCGGCACGAUUCGUCAUGUCCAUAGAGAGCAACAUGAUGGCAGUAGGUAAACGCUACGAUACACGCCAGGAGUACGAAGUUGGCGUGGACGACAACGGGUUCAUUCAAUAUCUAAAUUCAAAGCAAUGGACUAAUAGUGGCAGUAACUUUAACGAGUUUCACACGCCUAUAGCGUCAGAACAUUUCAAAAGCUGCUACAUCUUCAACACCUGGACCAUACAGGGCAUUGAAACCAAAACCGAUUUACCGUCCAAUACUUAUUGCCGAGCACCAGGCUCUACGGAAGCUGUCGGCAUGAUAGAAAACAUAAUGGAACAUAUUGCACAUGCUAUCGGCAAAGAUCCGUUAGAAGUUAGGUUGCUGAACAUGGACCCGAUCCACAAAAGUAUGUUGCUACCUAUGAUAACGGAAUUGUGCAAGAAUGCAGACUAUGAUACGAGGAAGAAUGCUGUAGAAGCGUUCAAUAGCGAAAAUCGAUGGAAGAAGAAGGGAAUAUCUCUGUUACCCAUGAUGUAUCCAUUCGAAUUAAUGGGACAAUUUCAUUCACUUGUUUCAAUCUAUGCUCGUGAUGGUACUGUUUCUAUCACACACGGUGGCAUUGAAUGUGGUCAGGGUAUCAAUACAAAGGUAGCUCAAGUAGCAGCACACACCUUAGGAAUUGACUUAUCGUUGGUUACUGUUAAACCAAGCAAUAAUCUGACAUCUCCAAAUACUUUUGUCACUGGUAGUAGUGUCACUAGCGAGACUUGCUCAUAUGCAACAAUGGUAGCUUGUCAAGAACUUCAGAAAAGGUUGGAACCUAUCAAACAAGAGCUAAAGAAUCCAUCUUGGCAAGAAUUGGUGAUGGCAGCGUUUCAGAAGGACGUUGAUCUAUGCGCACGUCACAUGUAUAGCCUGAAAGACGACGAGUUAAAGCCUUGUUCCAUAUAUGGAGUCACGAUUACAGAAGUUGAAAUCGACGUAUUAACGGGACAACAGAUGAUACAUAGAGUAGAUAUAAUGGAGGAUGCAGGGCGUAGUAUGAAUCCAGAGAUAGAUCUGGGACAAAUAGAAGGUGCCUUUGUGAUGGGACUUGGAUAUUGGACCAGUGAAGAUCUAAUGUAUGACCCAAACUCUGGGCAACUGACGAAUUAUAGAACCUGGAAUUACAAACCACCAGGGGCUAAGGAUAUCCCAAUCGAUUUUCGCGUAUAUUUUCGUCGAAAUGCACCUAAUCGUAUGAGUGUGCUUCGUUCGAAAGCAACCGGUGAACCACCUCUCUGCUUGAGUUACUCGGUACUAGUUGCAAUUCACAAUGCAAUCACUUCAGCCAGGAAAGAUGCUGGAAUCAGUGAUUCAUGGUAUAGAUUGGAUGGCCCUGUUACUACAGAAAAGAUUUUGUUACAUAGUGUAACUAACAAGGAUCAACUGGUGCUUUAAGAUAAGAGUUGACUUUUGAAAUAAAAUAUAACUGUUGCUUGGAUUCUGUCCGAAUCUAUACCUAUCCGCAUCUCCAGUGUUUCAAUUUAUACUUUCUUAGAAAUGAUAUUUAUAUUGAUAAAUGGAACAUUUACUUUUCCAGAACUCUAUUA